AUGCUGAGUUUGAAUCGCGGAAGUGAUGUCAGAGAACGCAGUUCGUUGUUAAAUGUCCGCCUCACGCUGUUGGUGAAACCGUUGGUUGGUCUGAGUAACGUGGCCUUUCGUGAUCCAGGAAGGAUGAAACGAAAAGUGGUUAAAUUGAGUGGUCUUCGUCUUAGUCCAAAUGAAGAGGCGUUUUUGAUAAAAGAAGAGCAUGAGAGAAGACGAAGGUUAAGAAUAAAGCAGGUCAGAGAGCAGGAGCGUUCUAUUGCUGUGCAGAUCCGAGAGGAGAUAAAACAUCGUCGUAAUCAACAGCUUGAGCAACUAGCAAAUGAGUUGAGGGCUGAAUGGCAGAUGGCACAAAUGGAAAAAGCUCAGUCUCUAGAAAAGCUUUACCUCUCUGGUUUGAAGGCAGUGGGUGAAGGACAUAGACAAGCUAAAGAAAAUGAACCAGAUUUGAAAGCUCACUCAAAACAGGCAGCUGUAAACACAGAGAAAGCAGAGAAAAGGCACAGAGAAGCAUUAAGGGAGUUGAAGCAGCAAAAGGAUAAAGAACAUGAAGUCCAAAAUAGGUAUAUCAAAACACGCAAAAGGGCCCUACUCAUUGAGAAGAAAAGAGCAUUAAAGAUUGCACAACUUCCACCACCUCCACCAAACCCACUAGCUGACCUUGAAGUCCAAAAAUAUCCAGCAGUGAAAAUGUAUGACAUUGACAGCUUCUCUGAGACACGCUACCAUCUGCCUGAACCUUUUGUGGACAGAGAAAGUGACACACCACAGAUUAGUGCCCAACAGACUGCUCAAGAGGAAGCAAAGCACUUGGAGGAUUUGCAACAAGAAGCUGAGAUGGAGAGGCUGGAGCAGUUGGAGAAAGCUAGAUUGCGAGGCAGCUACGCUCUCCAGUUAGUUCAUUUAAUACAGGACAAAAAGAAACUGGUGAAGGAACUUGAAGAAAUGCAACAAGCUGAUCUGGCACGUCGAAGGCAGACUGUACCCCGGAUGCCACCCCAAUUGUUUGAGCCACCAUAUAGACUUGUGCAAGCAAAAGAGGAUCAGCAGAGAGAGAUGGAAUUUGCUUUUGAGGAUAUGUACGCUGGUGAUCAAAAAGUCAGAGGUGACUUAAUAUUGCGACUCGAGCAUGAACCUUUACCGGCCCCAACUAUUGGAGUACAAGAUGAAGAUUUGGACCUUUCUGUUGAGCCAGAUGGAUUUCAAAAGGAAGAGCAAGAUGGAAGUACUACCCAGAAUGACCUACCAACACUCCACUCCGGUAAAAUCCAAGAUCAAGGUUUGGUAGCAUCCAGUCAACCUUUUACAUGCCAAAGUAAUGCAGCCUUGAGGAAACUGUUUACCAAGAUAAAGACACAGAGGGACCAUUGUUCAAAACCUGAACCAAAGUGUAUGAGCAAAGAUAUGACCAUUGAGUCUGGGUCAAUUACCAGUGGAAAAAAUGCUCAAAGAACUUUAAUGAAAUCCACAGCUAACAAUUUAAGCGAAGAGCAUCUAGAAAUACCAUCAGUGCUGAUUCAAGCCAAUAAACAGCAAAAUGAAGUUUUUGAAGAUGCCACAAAGGCUAGAAGUGCAACCUUGUGUCACCCAAAAGAGCAAGCAACUAGUUCUGGAUCUGAAAUAGACAGAAGGAAGCAAUUACAUGAAUUAGAACACAAAAAGCAACAACAGUUGCAUUUGAUCUGGCAAUCGGGACAACAGAAGCUGAAUCUAGAACCACAAGUGCAAGGCAUUCAGUUACAGCAGCAACAAAGUGAAGAAAUCCAAAUGCAAGAAAGAGUGAAUAGCGACUUGGAAAAGCGGUCACAGCAGCAGGAUAUGCAGACAAAAGAAUGGUUAAGAUGUCAGGAGCUAAGGAAAGAAAAUACCUUGUCCAAACAGAGUACUUGGAGAUCCAAAGCUGCACAGAUGGUUAAAGGAAACCCACAUGUGAAUACUGAGUUGGAGCAUCACGAGCCAUCCCCAGAUGAGCCAUCCCCAGAUGAUGAGCAUAUGUGUACAAUUCAUCAGUAUCAGCAACACCUUAUUGAGCAAAACAGCCAAACCUCCCAGUCCAGUGUCAUCAGCAAACUUUCAUCCAUGCUUCAAUAUCCAAGGUUGCAUAAAACAUCACUGGAAGGAAUCAGGAAGCAGCUGGAUGAAUAUCGGUUGAAAAAAGGAUGGUCUUUUGUUUCUACUACAGCAAGACACUUGUCUGAACAACAGUUGCCAUCUUGUAUAAAUCAUUAUGAUAAAUCUAUUGGAUCUGAACUCAAAGUUGAUGUGACCAGGAAUAAGCCUGAAGUGACUUGUGUCCUUUCUGCUCAAUAUCCUAACUUUGAGAAUCGAUCUAGAACUCUGUAUCAGCGCCAACCUAUAACUGUACCAUUUGUUCACUUGCAGCAGACAAAAUUGCCAUACAAGUUUACUUGUCAAUCACUACCGGUAAAUCAAAGGUUACAAGUACGAGUUGGCACUGUUUGCUUGCCUGAGAGUUCAGAAAAUGCCUCUGGCUUUUCAUCGAAGCACCAACUUUUAAAAAAUUCUACUUUGUUCGAUUCAGCAUUGUUCAAAACUGCCCAGCAAAAUACUGCAACUACUGAGUCCACAAUUAUACAACAACAAAGAGACAGAGUACUUAAUGCUGGAUCAAAUAGUUCUGGAGGCCUUGACCAUGUUAAUCAGAACCAGUCUGUUGUGUAUAAUGUUAGCAAUAGUGAAUCUGAUUUGUCAAAAUCUAAAAUAUUUAUCAUGCCUCAUGGUGUACAUGAAGUGAAUGGUGUGGAAGUAUCAGAACCUUGUGCUACAGCAUCAGGUACAGUUGAGCCACAGCAGGAGCUAACAAAAGUAGGAUUAAUGCAGAUGUUGCAAAAUCCGUUAAAACCCUUAGAAGGACAACAGGGAACACCAGAACGUUCAGUGAAAACAUUGAUACACUCUAUUCCUUCCUCAACCUUGACAAAUUCAGUUAAAAAUUUGAGGGAUCAAGAGAGAUCAUCUGCUGCAUCAACUGGUAUUCAGGUUCAAAAGGAACAUUUAAAAGAUUUGCAUCAGAGAUUGUGUAGACAGAGGGAGAAUCUUGUUGCCACGCAAAUGUUACAAGAGCAAUUUAUGCACAGGCAACAACUUUUGAAAAAAUCGAUGCAAGAUCAGCACAACACAUCUGAAAUUAAUUUUGUUGAGAAUCAGGACUUGAACACUGAAACAACCAAGGAGAAUUUCCAAUCAAAAAAUGAAGAUCAGCUGGAAGAUCUGCAGCUAACAACUCCACUAAAUGUUCCCACUUGCAAAGGAAAUUAUUUCUCAGCAUCUCAAAAUGUUGAAGCGCUGUCAAGAGAGGAUCAAUAUCGGCGACCUUCUAAGCCACCUGUAACCAAGAUAAGACUGGGACCUUUUGGGCUGUUUGACCAGCAUGAAUUAAGUGCAAUCCAAGAAGGAGAAUCCCCUAAAAGUGAUAGACUGUCUCUAUUUGUCAACAGGAAUACGCCUUCAGAUAACUGCUGUUGCUCAGAAGCUGAAGAGUCAAGGCCAAAGCUGAUAGAUUCAUCCUGUUCCUCUGAAAUAGAUUUGUCAAAUGUAUCAACAAGCAGCAGCCAUCAAAUGUCUAAUAUUUCAAAUUGCACUAUAGACUCCCAUCGAAUGAGCAGAAUGACUUGGAGAGAUAAACUGAAAUUGGAGAUUAGCAGUCUCACAGGACAAGGUUCCUCUCAUGUUGAAAGCAGUAUGCUUGCGUUUGCUGGUCCCACUCAUCAUACAGCUAGUAAGGUGUUAUUUCCUUAUUCUUGGUCUGGUAAUAUUCAAAAAGCUCCUGAGGAAGGUCAACUAUUUUCCACAACACUAUCCACUGGGAGUUUUCCUUCAAAUGAACCAACAGAUAUUGGUCCUGUCAGUCCAGGUGAUCAUUCCUCCACUGCUCAUGACAUCGUUGCUGGACAGUCAACUGCUCCCUCAACUUCAACUUCACACUCUGUGAACAAGGACACGGUUGAAAAUCAAGACAUUGAUCAUUGUUGUCCCAGUUUAGAAGAAUGUAUUCCAACAGGAAGAAAAAUUCAGCAGGUAGUGGAGAAGUAUACUAGAAACCUAAACCAAUGGCUUAGUUCAACUGGAAAGAAUCAAGAUCCUCCAACUGGUCAUAACACUUCGACUCAAGGAGUACCUAAUUUCCAUCUAGAAUUGCAGUCUUCACAACCAGAUUCAGAUCUAGAAUUUCAGCCUUUGGAGACCAUACCUGAUUUUGGUUUUUCAAGUACUUCAUUAUCUUCUACUUCCAGCAAGAAUAAAAAUGUCCUUGAUACUGAUCGCAACACACAAAAUCAACAUUCUAACUCAACCACAAACUCUGAGAUCAAGUCCUUUACAGACAGUAUUGAAUUCACUCCUGACCAUGGAUGUGCAGUUUGCAAUGCAAGUCAAGGGAGCAAUUGCAUUCAGCAGAAUUAUGAUGUUGAAAAUGGUAGGUUGAACACUUUUCAACCACUUCAACUGGAAAUUAGUUCAAGCAAAUACAGUUUGGACACUGAUGGUUCCAGUGGAAAUGUAAUGUGCAACAGAUAUUCAGAGCAAGGAUUUAAUAACUGUGCCUCUUCAAUAAACUCACUAUGUUUUCCUCCAUUGGAUCUUAUAAGACGAGAAACUGUAGCUGCUGCUUCACAGACACUUGAAUCCAUAGACCAGUCAACUUGUUCCGAAAAUAUUCAGGAGCACUUUGGCUCAUUCUCCCAGCUAAAUGUAACAUGGAGUUCAGAAAAUGAUCACAACUGUGACAUUCCUAAUCAAAAUGGAAAACAUCUGGAGAAUUGUGAAAGCGUAACUUCACAUGCCAUCACUUUUACUGAGAAUAUAAAAUCCAAAAAGGUAAAUGAAGUGAGUACUUUGAAUGGUCAAACUACUGAACUUUCUAAGCUAAUAUCAGUAAGGAAAAGGAAUUGCACUGGAAGUGAAGUGCUGUGUGUUUCAGAGCAGAAUCACAUGGCGCAAUCUGGGCUGUUACCUUGUGGAAGAACUGAAACUGCUGCCAAACCUGAGUCUAAGACUGAACAGGAUCAGCAUCCGUCAUCAAACCUUGCAUCAAAAGUUUGCACUUUGCAUAGUAUUAUACCAGCGAGGGAAAUUGAAUCAAAUAUUGGGAUUAUGGAAGAACCUGAACUCCCCCAACUAUCAUUGAAUGAUUCAACUUUAGUAGAUGAAGAACUAGGACAGACAUCGCCAAUAAAAAGCAAUACAAGUCAAAAUGAAUUCCAAACAUUUACUCAGGUAAAUGAGUUGCAGCCUUCAAAGCUUAAGACCACUGAUCAUGCAAUUACUAGCUUGCAUAACUUAGAAGUUGCAGAUUGCAAAAUCAAUCACAUGGCAUCUUCUCAAAACUCUCCAAAAGCGAUGAUAUUUCAGUUUGACUCACCUACUAAGAUUUUGAAUGAAGUGGUUCUGAAGAGAAAACAUAAAUUUCUUGCAAAUUCUAAAAAACGAGUGGAGGAUAUGAAAAGAAAGGGAAGAUCUGGAGAAGUUAACUCUGAACUGCUCAAUAGAAAAAUUCCUUUGAAACAGGAACAACCCUCUGUGUUUGCAUCGACAUCAGUAGCAGCUUACUUGAAGAUGGUGGGGGAAGUGAAAGUCUCUACUCCUGAAGAUAGAAAAGCUGCUGAACUAGAGAUGCGCGAAAGAACAUUCCGUCUCUACAGCCAACUUGAUGAGGUUAAAACCAGGAAAAAAGAGGUGACCAGACAACUAGAGUGCACAAGAAAUCGUGAAAAAGCAAAAGAAUUCCAAAAGAAAACUUUGGAAAAACUGAGAGCUAUGAAAACACGUCGGUGAUGCUCUACAGUCAGAAUCAAUCAAGACAGCUACAACUUGUAUCUAUGUUCAUACCUGUGUUAAUAUAUAAAUCUCUUCAAUCUGCUUUAAUAUCAGUAAAUCAUAGGUACCUUAUUUGUAAUUUUAUCUUUUAAGAUGCAUCUUAAGAAAUUGCAUCUGAAUGGUGACUAGAAUUGGUUUCUUUUUGUAAACUUUAUAUUUGGGGUUUAUGUAUAGUGAGAAUUUACACACUACAUUUCAUCCAGUUACUUUCUAGACUUUUGUAUAAAUUUGAAAUAUUGCUUUAUAUAAAUUGGGAAAUUGAUUUAUUCUGUUGAAUUACUCAUUCGUGAUUCCUUUUUUUGUUCGUCAGUAGCACAUCCACAACAUUAGUUUUGUACGUGGAAGUUUCCCAUUGUAUCAAGUAUUGCUUAGCAUUGCUGUGAAAUAAACAGGAAACAUUGUGCAUAAUAUCAAAUGCUACAUUUUAUGUAAAUCUGUACAGUGUGUCCAAGUGUACUAAUUCUUGGAUA